AUGUACCUGUAUACUGUACCCGUUCCCCUGUACCCGUACACCUAUACCCGUUCCCCUGUACCUGUACCUGUACACUGUACCCGGUAUACCCGUACCCGUUCCCCUGUACCCGUACACCCAUACCCGUUCCCCUGUACCCGUUCCCCUGUACCCGUACACCUGUACCCGUACACCCAUACCCGUUCCCCUGUACUCGUUCCCCUGUACCCGUACACCUGUACCCGUUCCCCUGUACCCGUUCCCCUGUACCCGUUCCCCUGUACCCAUUCCCCUGUACCCGUACACCUGUACCCGUACACCUGUACAUGUACACCCGUACCCGUUCCCCUGUACCCGCACACCUAUACCCGCACACCUGUACCCAUUCCCCUGUACCUGUACACCCGUACCCGUUCCCCUGUACACGUACACCUGUACAUGUACACCCGUACCCGUUCCCCUGUACCCGUUCCCCUGUACCCGUACACCUGUACAUGUACACCCGUACCCGUUCCCCCUGUACUCCGCUCACCUGGGCAACAUAAAGAACAUUUAUGUAAAAAGGUGCUUAAUGUUGGAACAGGCUGAAAUGUUUUCUUUUGAUGACUGAAGAAGGAAGUGCACAGGUAUCCAGAGGAAAUAAAACACGCUGUUAAACUCUUUACUUUUUUAAUUUCUGUACAGAAAUAUUAACUGUUUAUUAAUCACCUGGUCGUAUUACCUGAACAAACUCAUGUAUCUUUUUCACUCAGGUGAGUUCACCUGUAGACUUUUAUUUUGAUGUCACUGAAGCCUUGUUUGUUUGUGUCUGCUGCCUGAUGACAUCACUCCUGUUUACUUCCUGUUGAUGAUGUCACAGGACGUUUUUAUUUGAUUUUUAAAAUCCAUUUAUUGGUCAGUUAUUGAUCUGUAUCCUGUUGUCUAAUAAAUACUGAACAAAG